AUGGUCGGCCCCUUUUCAGCACCCCCCUUCACUACCUUUCGUAUUAAUCCCAUAGGCAUCGCUACUCGUAAGUAUUCCGGCAAGAAACGCCUUAUUAUUGACUUAUCCGCUCCUCGGGGCGCUUACACACGCAGCAUUAACUCCCUCAUUUCAAGCGAGGAGUUCUCUCUUCACUACAUUAAGCUCUCAGAUGCCAUUCAUUUCAUCAAAAUUGCAGGUCACGGAGCCUGGCUCGCCAAAGCCGAUAUCUCCGAUGCAUUCAAGGUCAUGCCUAUUCACCCUUCCCUCCGUCACCUUUUCGGAGUCUGUUGGGCAGACAAGUUCUAUUUCUCCACUCAGCUCACUUUCGGCUGCCGCAGUAGCCCAAAAAUAUUCGAUUCCUUGUCAGAAGCCCUCUGCUGGAUUCUGCUCAACUCCUAUCACGUCCCCUUCCUCCUCCAUCUAAUGGAUGACUUUCUGCUUAUUUCCCCCCCGUCAGAUCCUCCAGCCCAAGCAAUUAAUCAGCUAAAGACCCUCUUUUCCUCAGUCGGUGUCCCUCUUUCUCAAGAGAAAACCAUCGGCCCUGUUAACUCCCUGGAAUUCCUCGGCAUCACACUCAAUACAGUGAAAUUCGAAGCCAGCCUGCCUCUUGCCAAACUCCAACGCUUACUUGCACUCAUUAACAAUUUUCAGAUCUCCUCUUUCAUUAAGAAGAGGGACCUCCUGUCUCUCCUCGGCCAUUUCAAUUUCGCCAUUCGCAUCAUUCCCCAGGGCAGAACAUUUAUUUCACGUCUCCUAGCCCUCUCAUCAACGGGCAAGAAUAUGAAUUCUCACGUGAAAAUUUCAGCCGAAGCCAGGAAAGACAUAAAGAUGUGGAUCAGUCUCCUUACUAACUGGAAUGGCCUCUCUCUAUUUUACGACGAUUUCAUUUCAGCCCCCCACGACCUUGCCCUUUUCACUGACGCCUCAUCCAUCGGAUUCGGCGGGUUCCUUGUUCCUGAAUGGUUCUCUAGCACUUGGCCCCCUGAAAUUCAGCUCCUUCCCCCUCAAGAGAAAUCUACGGCACUUCUAGAGAUUUAUCCAAUCGCGGUGGCCGCUGCCCUCUGGGGUCACCAAUGGUCAAGAAAAUCAAUUCUUUUCUUCAGCGAUAACAAACCCACAGUGCACAUCAUCAACAGAGGACGUUCUUCAUCCCCCCUCAUUAUGCGCCUGCUCCGCCGUCUCAUAUGGUCGUCUGUAUCUCUCAACUUCCUAAUACAAGCUCGUCAUCUUCCGGGUACCCAUAAUAAUGCUGCGGAUGCUCUUUCUCGCCUACAGGUAGCCAAGUUCCGUCAGCUGGUUCCAUCUGCCUCCCCAAACCCCCUCCAGACCCCACAGUUUCAUCAGCUACUUCUGGACUGAACCCUACCCUCCGCAACCUCCUUCAAUCCGCUCAAAACUACAUGUCUACAGCCCUCGCCCCUUCUUCAAGAGCUUCUUAUUCUACGGCCUGGUCAGCAUUCCUAACCUUCUGUGCUCAGAA